CUCUGUGUGUCUGGCAACCCGGAGCCAAGGUUUCACCACUGGCUGGCUGCUGGUUAGCCAGCGGCGACACAAGCAAACAGCUCCUGUCCUGUGAGACUGCAAUGCCCACACCGGAUUAUCCCCGGGACUGACUCUUACAAAGGACCCAGACUCCCAGCUCCUUAUGGCUGUAUAUGAUGAGAACAUCCUGAAGAAUCCUUUCUACCUGGCGCUGGAGAGGCAGAGACCAGACCUCUGCAGCCGCGUGGCAGAGCUCCACGGCAUCAUCCUGGUGCCAUGCUGUGGAAGUUUAAACCUCAGCAGCUUCACUGACUCCCAGUUUGACAGCUACAUCUUACAGCCUGCGCAGGACGGCUACCAGACUGUGGAUGGAAAGGAGGUCAGGAUCCAGGACAGGCAGGUCCUGUUGGGAUUGGGCUUCCCGGCGCCGGCGGCAGUGCCCAUCCUGUUCGAGGAAACCUUCUACAACGACCAGGAGCAGAGCUACAACAUCCUGUGCAUCUCCAGGCCCGUGGAGGCGGAGCCGAGCCCCACCGAGCUCGCCGCCCCGCCCCCCUACUGCCUGAAGAGCCUGGACGACGUCAGGGACUUCCUGGGCCGCCACGCGCAGAAGCUGGACAAGUUCGUCGUGGGCUUCUGCCAGGCCUUCAAGGAGCAGGAGAGGAAGGGACUCCGACACCACAUCGACUCGGUGAACGGCCUCUACACAAAAUGUCUUCAGUGUCUGCUCAGAGACUCGCGCCUGAAACUUCUGGCCAAGCAGGAGCUUCAGAUGACUCUGCUCAAGCAGGCGGUGGAGGUGUAUAUUCAUCAUGGUAUCCAUGAUUUAAUCUUUAAAUUUGUGGGAACACUGGAAGCCAGCCAGGACGCUGCCUUCAACAAAACCACCAGGAGCCUGCAGGAGCUGCAGCAGAAAGACCUGGGAGUCAAGUCUGAGUUCAGCAUUAACCUGUCCCGGGCCAAGAGGGAGCUGAGUCAGCUCAACAGCCACACCUCGCCGCUGCUCAAACUGCUGUGCCUCCGCAGGGUCGCCCUCACCGCCACGCAGCCCUCCAGACACACCGGCAGCAUCGAGGCCGUGUGUGCCGACGACCUGCUGUCAGUCAUCCUCUACCUGCUGGUGAAGACCGAAAUCCCUAACUGGAUGGCCAACCUGAGCUACAUCAGGAACUUCUGCUUCAGUCACUCCAGCAAAGACGAGCUCAGCUACUGCCUGAGCACCUUCGAGGCUGCCGUGGAGUACAUCAACCUGGGCAAGCUGCAGCACACACACGGAGGCUCGGGGGAGCUGAACGACAGGGCUCUGUUCAGGGAGAGGAUGAGUCUGCUGUCCCAGAGCGUGGCCACGCCCAUCCACUGCCUGUUUGAGCACAUAGCAGGUGGUAAUGAGACUGAGGUGGAGCGUCUGCUGAGUGAAGGAGAGAGCGACGAGGAUGUGAGGAUGUGUCACCCACUCUGCUCCUGUGACCUCUGUGACCUCCAGCUGUCCGGGCGGUUGAACGACCCGAACAUCGUCACUCCGUUCUCCAGAGACGAGCGAGGAUACACUCCGCUGCACGUGGCUGCAGUCUGUGGUCAGGCCCAGCUGAUAGACCUGCUGGUGUGUAAAGGAGCGCCGGUGAACGCCACAGAUUACCACGGUUUCACCCCGCUGCACCUCGCCUGCCAGAGAGGCUACCAGGGCGUCACGCUGCUGCUGCUGCACUACAAGGCGAACACGGACGCCCAGGACAACAAUGGCAACACGCCGCUGCACCUGGCCUGCAUGUACGGACACGAAGACUGUGUGAAGGCCCUGGUGUACUACGACGUGCAGUCGUGCCGUCUGGACGUGCAGAACGAGAAAGGCGACACGGCGCUGCACAUGGCGGCUCGCUGGGGCUACGAGGGGAUCAUCCAGGUGCUGCUGGAGAACGGAGUGAGCACGGCCAUCAGCAACAGGAGCAAGGAGUCGCCGCUGCAGUGCGCGCUCAACUCCAAGAUCCUGGCGUUGUUGGAGUCAACCCAGAACGGCCGUCGGCACAGAGAGAGCCUCGAUUCUCCCAGUCGCUCUCCUCUGGCGUCGGACUGCAGCAGCCGCCGCUCCUCCGUCUCCAGCUCCUCCUCUCUGGGCUCCGAGGCCAAACCCGAGGCGGAGCGAGUCCGACACAGAGAGGUGGAGAAGCUGCUGCGAGCUGUGGCAGACGGCGAUGUGGAGAUGGUGCGGUACCUUCUGGAGUGGAUGGAUGAGGAGGAGGAGGAAGGUGACGUUCCCUCUGAGACUCUGCUGUGCCACCCGCUGUGCCAGUGUCCGAACUGCGCUCCUGCUCAGAAGCAGCGGUGCGUCCUGCAGGCCGGCGCUCUCGGGGUGAACAGCAGCAGCGUGGACGGCUUCACGCCGCUCCACGUCGCCGCGCUGCACGGUCACUCCACGCUCGUCACCCUGCUGACCCGCCACGGCGCCAACGUCAAUGCCCGCAACAACCAGAGCGCCACGCCGCUCCACCUGGCCUGCCAGAACAGCCACAUCCAGGUGGUGAGGUCUCUGCUGGAGUGCAACGCCAAGAUCAACAAGAAGGAUCACUAUGGCAACACACCUCUGAUACACGCCUGUCUCCGUGGAAACUUGGAGACGGCCACCACACUGUUAGAGAGUAACGCCCUGGUGAACAUCGUGAACCAGCAGGGGAACACGGCUCUGCACGAGGCGGUGCGGGGGGGCCACCAGGCGCUGGUGGAGGUUCUGCUGCAGGGCGGCGCGUCACUCGCUCAGAGGAACAAGAGGCAUCGAACGCCGCUGGACUGCGCCUACGAGCUCAGUGGCAAGAACACUGAGAUCCUGCGAACUCUGCAGAAAGCCUCUGGACUUUCCCCUGACGACGAACCAAUCAGACUCCUCUCUGUGCCCAAAGGAGCUCUGGCUCACUCCUUCGUCCAGCGCCUGAAGCUGCAGGACAACAACAACAGCAGGAGGCAGAAGCUGGCCCAGUCCAUCAGCCGGGUUCAGCAGAUGAAGAAAGGUUCGUCCAGUCCUCCCUCCCUGCGCUCGCCGACCCUCAGCCAGGUACAGCACAAAAUGAGCCCGGACAGGCGGCGGCUGAGGCGGGGCGAGACGGUGGAGGUCAGCGGCUGCUCGGGGAGCCUCGGCGCCGGGCCCCGGACCAGAGAGCGGCCCCUGGCUCGUUCGCACACGCUGGACUCGGCAGAACACACACCAGACCAGCCCGACUCCACACACACUCCCGACUCCACCAAGCACACCUCCACACCCGGAGAUAUGAACCUUACACACCCCGACGGCGACGCCGCGCACGUCGUCUGCGAGGACGUCAACAUCGUCAACGAGGCCUCGUUAGCCCCGCCCCCCGACGCAGCGUCGCACAAUGGCAGCUCGACGAAAUCGUCUCUCACACACACGCUCACCGACCACGAACCACCUCCCACCUGCAGCCACAGGCUCCGCCCUCUAGAGGAAGGUGAUGUCCAGACGCCGCCGCCUCCGGACUCGCCGCCAUAACCAAAACCAGAGCAGAGGAGGAGGAGAAGCUGCUGAGCGGAUCAGGGAGCCGGCGGCUGAACUGGACUGGUUUUUCUUACACGCUGUAUAUGUGUGUGUGUGUGUGUGUGUGUGUGUAGUAGAGGACUAGAGGAGUUUCCUUACAGUAACCACUCAGUGUCAAAUGCCACCACACACACUUUCUCUGACCUGCCAGCGGCCAAAACCAGUAAUAUAAGAGAUGGAUGCUGUGAGCGUGAACUGGCCCGCUGUUUUCAGGUGAGGGGAGUUCGCCAAAAAAGGAAGAAACAAACAAACAAAAAACUGCAGGAAAUUUGCUGCAGUUUUACUGUAUUGACCUGUUAAAAAUGCAGAUGUUAGAUUUGUACUGUUCAAGUCACAAUGAAAUGACCUUUUCACCUUAACUAAUGUCCCAUGUCAUAAUACACCUGUUUCACAAUAAAUCAAUAAAAACCAGAAGAACAAACAGGAGGAACUGCUUCAGGAUGGACAGUUACUAGACAGAUAUAAAGAAAAAAAACCUCAAAGAACAUUAAAAAAGAUGAAAUCUCACGAUUGAGAGAUGGAGAAAAAGAUUGGAGGCAUUCUGAUGUCUGAGAAUAAAAAACCUUCAUUAACACAUGGCUAGAUCAACACCUUUCAGCCCAUAAAGACGCUGUAGAGUUGGAGAUUUUUUUUCCAUCUCAAGAACAGACGUGUUUAAUUUCUUGGAUUUUAAAUAAAGACCUCCCUGCUAUUAUCUGCUUUACCAGUAGGUGGCAGAACAACGUCACUGCCAUUUUGAUUGAUCCCUCUCUUGUGUCCUGCCUCACGUAGAAAUAUGUCAAAUUAUAGAAAACAGGACUCUCAAAAUGUCAUUUCUUUGAGCACAAAUGUUGUUGGUAAUAAUCCCCCAGGAAAACUCCUCCAGUUUCAUUAGAAAAACAUCCUUCUGUCUCCUGCAGCUCCUCCUCCUCCUCACCUGAUCUUCAAGCACUUUUUUCUCUCUAGCCUUCAUUUAAAAAAAAAAAAAAAAAAAAAAAACUAAACAAAACAAAAACAAAAAACAAAAA